GGUCUGAGACUCUGAGCUAAAGAGGAGUUGGUACUGUCUAAUUGUAUUUCUAGCUUGCAGGUAUAGCAAAGGAACAGUUGAACAAGAGCAUUGUGACGCAGGAGCAGCUCAUCUAACCCACAAGUUCUCUCCUACAUGUAUCAGCAGUGCCUGAGAUCUGCAACAACACAAACUUCGUGUCCAAACCAAAUAUCUCAAAUGGAGGGGGAGUUUGAACUGCCCGAAUUCAACUCUCGGGAACGCGUCAAGCAGCAGAUUUCAGUCCCGUUUCUCUGGGAGGUGAAACCUGGCGCACCAAAAAGGGACUGGGUCAUUUCCAAUCCAGUACCAUCAGUGUUUGCAUGUCCAUCCCCGACCCCGACAAAGCUUGUUGUGAGCGUGCCAUUCCAGUGGGAAGAAAAGCCUGGGAAGCCUCUACAAGAAGCAUCUCCCUUUCAUGUUCUCCCUGAUCAUGCUCCCUUUUCAGCAUCGUCUUGCUCACUGAACCCUUUUGUGGUCGAAGGCGAGGAGGAAUACUCGCUUGGUUUUGAUCUGGAAGCAUUUAGUUUUCCAGACAAUAACGACACUUCUGGUGCUGCAGCAUGGAUAGGAGGUGGCUCCAACCGCGGUGACGCUUGGUACUCAUUUUCAGAUUCAGAAGAUUACAGCAACUCCAGUGGUGAUACGUCAGCUCAAGCGUUUCAGUUUCCCCGGGCACCUUCAGAGAAAAGCUGGGAGGUAGCCAAUGACGAUGAUCAGCUGACCAAUCCUUGGAGCCCUCCGAGGAGCACGGUGACGACACUGGAGGAGCUUAUGAUGCUGAGCCGGAAAUUGAGGUGCGGACAAAUGUUACCAGCUGAUAUCAGGAAGAAGAGCCUCUCCUCAGUGGAGCUCAUCAAGAAGUUUUUAAUCGUGUGUUCUUAGCUACACGGCUCCGGGGUUGCUGCACAUGUGCGAACGGUACCCACGAGCAUGUGAGCCCAUAAUGGAGGAAGCUCAAAGUGGCGUGUUUCCAGCUAGGAAGUCUAGCUGACAACGACCCGUAUUUCGUUUGGCAAGCGGCUCAGGUGUGAGCGCUGCCACCCGGUUAGAUCCGUAGGAUCGGACUCGGGCCUUACCGGGGCUUGCCCCCACUAUACUAGUACACACGUGUGCAUAUUCAGUGAUAUCUUUCUAAUUGUUUCUUAACGUAUGUAUGGAUGCACAUGUGUAUGUAUGUGAUAUGAAUAUGAAGUACGUGGACAGUGUGUAUCUUCUAUGUAACCUAAAAAACUAAGUAGUCUAGCUUGUGGGUGAAUGAUGCACUAUUCUGUUGCCAAAAUCUGGGUCUCUUUUGCAUAGUGUUUAAGAGCG